AUGUUUGCCGGUCGGAGGCUCGCUACGAUUCCCAGGUUGUUGAAGCCAUCAUCUCAGCUUCGGUACGCCAGUCACACAUCUUCCGAAGCGCGUUUGAACAAGCCCAUCGACUUUAAGAAGACUGCUGUCCUCCACCAAUCACAGAACAGUGCCAGGUCUGCCUAUGGGCUUUCUCAAGAUGCACCGGUCGACUGGGUGAACCUGCACGGUGCUAUCAAUGCGUCCCUCCACCAUGCCUUGAAGAGCGAUGAGAAUGUGCUCCUCUUUGGCGAAGACGUGGCGUUUGGUGGCGUUUUUCGAUGUUCAAAGGGCUUGACAGAUGAGUUUGGCACCAGUCGCGUGUUCAACACUCCCCUUUCUGAGCAAGGGAUUGUUGGUUUUGCCAUCGGCUGUGCAGCUGAGGGCAUGAAACCUGUCGCGGAAAUCCAAUUUGCAGAUUACGUCUUCCCGGCAUUCGACCAGCUGGUCAACGAGGCCGCCAAGUUCCGGUACAGAGAGGGCGCAACGGGCGGCAACUGUGGAGGUCUGGUAGUGCGAAUGCCGUGCGGCAGCGUUGGACACGGCGCUCUCUACCAUUCCCAAAGUCCCGAGGCACUGUUCACCCAUGUGCCCGGCCUACGGGUCAUCAUGCCUCGAUCGCCCAGCCAGGCAAAGGGACUGCUCACGGCGUCCAUUCUUCACUCCCACGACCCAGUGAUCUUCAUGGAACCCAAAGUCCUCUACCGCGCCGCCGAAGAAUUCGUCCCAAGAGAUCCAUAUACACUGCCACUAGACAAAGCAGAAGUUCUUAAACAAGGCAAGGAUCUCACCGUCAUCUCUUACGGCCAACCGUUGUACCUCUGCUCCGCUGCCAUUGAAGCUUUGGAGAAGGAAAUCAAAGGUCUGAGCAUCGAGCUCAUUGAUCUAAGGGCCAUAUAUCCUUGGGAUCGCGACACCAUCAUGCAAAGCGUGAACAAGACGGGACGAGCGGUUGUGGUACACGAGAGCAUGUAUAACGCCGGGGUAGGGGCAGAAGUCGCCGCAAGCAUACAAGAAGGGGCGUUCCUUCGACUGGAAGCUCCUGUGGCCAGGGUUACGGGCUGGAGCACGCACCCUGGGCUAAUUUUUGAGAAGUUUAACAUUCCAGACGUCACGAGAAUAUACGACGCCAUCAAACGAACGGUGGAAUACUGA